UGCCAUGUGCCAACCAACUGCAAUCGCCCCCUCUUCUAUUUCUGUUGCAGUGCCACUCCUCCCUCCAUCGAUCUGCUCAGGUCUCUCGCUGCAACUCACUACCACCCCACAGUCCCAUUCUCUUGCUCUGCUGCCUUGUGUGUGAUGGCCCGAGCACGACCUUCCAGCAGCCUCUGGUCACUGGUGAAGACCAUUGGCGCCGGCGUACUCAGCGUCGACUUCCCCAUACGUUCCACAGGCCUCGCCUUCGCAUGCGGCGGCCCAGCCAUGCUCCCCACCCUCGACUCCAUGCCAGGUGACCUCCUGCUGGUGGACCGCCGUCGCCUCGACUGGUUCCGGGGCGACGUCGUCGCUUUCCGGAGCCUGGUCGGCCACAGCAAAGAGCCUAUUUUCAGUGAAGGAAAGGCAUACCACAGAGGGGUUGUCAGCAGGCUGAUUGCGCUGCCCGGCGACCUUAUCCGGCUGCGGGGGACGACGGAGCUCCUGGAGGUCCCCGAGGGCCAUUGCUGGGUGGAAGGCGACAACCCCAGCCAGAGCAAGGACUCGAGGACGUACGGCCCUGUUCCACUUGAGCUGCUGGAGGGGACGGUCACACACAUAAUUUGGCCGCCUCACAGGAUGGCUGCAGUCCCCGGCAGGGUCCCGGAAGAAAGGGUUAGAUUGAUCAUCGACCCCGCUGGCUCUGCAAAGGAAACGACGGGAAUAGCUCAUUCCUGUGGUAGUGUGGAUCCUCGCUCCAGUAGCACUGGAGGAGGAGGCCCUCCCUUAGGAUCCCGCAAGAAAGGAUUAUGCCGAAGUGAUUGUAAUUUCAUCUGGUUUGUGUGACAAAAGCCUGGAGCUGUAACGUACUAUGUGCUGUCAAACAGUCAUAGGUAGCCAAGUUAUUUUUUCGACAAAGGGUGAAUUUUAUUGGCUCAAAACGGAGCAUCCAGAAGAUACAUA